ACAGCAAGGCGAGUUCCUUCCUCGUCAUGGCUGGGACUCAGUUUCCCCGCCUGAGCUACUGCGCUUGCUUCCAGUGAGACACUGCUACUGCCUCCGGCGGAUAUGGGGGGGAAUGCGCGGCAGUGAUAAGCAAAUAACGCCACGACCUUCCCUCUCGGUCGUCGAGCCACGCUUCCCUUGUCCGAAGCUUUCGUCCAGGGUUAGUCUGAGUCACCGCUGACCAGGGUUAGGCGUACACGGUCACAGCAACCCCGCAGUCUACAACCUAAGUAGUGUCUGAGCAGCUGCCGGCCGUUUCUCGUCCGAAUCUGGGGUCAAUUUCUGAGCCACCUUCUGAAAAUUCUCCCAGCUCUCGACCCUCUUCCGGCGGAAGAGAGCAACGCUGCGUUCCGCCCAGAAACGCCGCGUGUUCAGUGCUCCAAGCGGCGUGCUCUAAGCGACUGAACGCUGCGUUCUUUCAGCGACGUGCUCUCAGCGACGUGCUCUCAGCGACGUGCUCUCAGCGGCGUGCUCUCAGCGGCGUGCUCUCAGCGACGUGCUCUCAGCGACGUGCUCUCAGCGGCGUGCUCUCAGCGACGUGCUCUCAGCGACGUGCUCACUGAGCAGUUCCGAACAGUUCCCCUCGGAAAAGCUUGGUUGCAAAACCGAACCUUCUCGGACUCCGGUGGUAUCCCCGAACCUUCUCUUAGUCGUCGACUCCAGCUCUCGGGUUCGCCGCGCCAGAAUGGUGACGCGGAAGGGCCGCCGCGGCCCAUCGUCGUCCGCUUUAGUAGCCAUCGCGCUGCUCGUUAUCGCGCUGCUCGUGACGAGACUCGCCUUCGCAGCCCCGGAUCCCGCCCAUGUGGCCAUUCUGCGCCAGAUUGCCGGCAUGGGGAAUGCCAACGACGCGCCUUUCAACUCGUGGACGGGCGACGACCCCUGUGGUGCUGCGUGGGCGGGCGUCAAGUGCUCGCCUGGUGCUGGUGGUGGUUACGACCUGGUUACCGAGCUCUUUCUCGAGGAUGUCAGGCUGACCGGCACUUUGCCGCCUUCCCUCUUCGACCUCACGUCCCUGCGCAUGCUCAAUCUUGGCAAGAAUCCGGACCUUCAAGGCACCAUUCCAGCAAGCAUUGGGAACCUGGCUCAGUUGACCCUCCUCAACCUGCAGGGCUGCAGCCUCUCUGGACCAGUCCCUUCAACCAUCGGCAACCUGAAGCAGCUGAUCUACUUCCUCGUGGCGCAGAACAAGCUCUCAGGCGAAUUGCCAGCGGAGUUCGGGCUGCUGCCGUACCUCUUCCAGAUCGACAUCAUCGACAACCAAUUUGAAGGCACCCUGCCCACGUUCGCUGGGGCAUCCAACCUGGUGCACCUCCACAUGAGCCGCAACCUCCUCUCCUCCAUUCCCUCUGAUAUUGCCAAGCUGCCGAGCCUGCAGCACUUAAUCGUGGAUGGCAACCGGAUCGUUCAGCCCUUCCCCAUGUCCCUCAACAGCACGAGCCUCAGUGUUAUUUAUUGGAGUGGCAAUAACAUCACCGAGCCUCUUCCUCCAGUCUGGCACCUUCCGAUGCUGAAGGACUUCCUGGCCAGCAACUGCAGCAUUCCAGCGCAGACGCUGCCUUCCUUCCCGAAGUCCAGGGUACUCGCCAACUUAGACUUGAGCUCGAACUCAUUCUGGGGCCCGGUUCCAGGGUCUCUCGUCACAGACAAUCCCAGCCUCAUCAACCUCAACCUUGCCAACAAUGCUCUGAGCAACGUCGUCCCACCUGACAUCACCCUCGCAACCAACCUGCAAUCGCUUUUCCUCUCAGGCAAUCGGCUCACUGGCACCCUGCCGGAUCUCUCAGGCCUCAGCAGGGCUGUCUCGCUCUCCUUCUACGACAACCUCCUCUCCUCCGCGCCCCUCUCCCUGCUCAACCGCACCGACCUCACUCUGCAGCUGUACGGCAACCCCUUGUGCUCGCCGUACCGCCCCGAGAAGCAGGCAGCGUGCUCCCCGCCAGCGGACCUCACGCAGUACACGGCGCCCACCUUCUGCCAGGGCUUCACGUGCCAGGGCGACCUCUACAGCCCCAGCAAGCCGCUCUUCGACCUCUCCAGCUCCUGCGUCUGCGUGUCCCCCUUAAAGGCUGAUGUGUCCCUGUACCUGUCGUCAUACGUGGUGUUCAACCAAGGUCUGGUGGAUAAGCUGGAGCAGCUGGUGUUUGAGGAGCUCAUAGGCGUCAAGUUUGGGCUCAACAUCACCAGGUCGCAGGUGCGAGUUGCCUCAAUCAAGAGCCCUUCGUCCCUCCCCUCCCUCGCCUCCACCUUUGCCUCGGACCACACCACCCACGAGUCCACCACCACCAUCUCAAUCCUCUUCUUCCCACCGGUCGGCGACGACAGCUGGUACCCACGCGACCUCCCCCGGGGCAUCAAGCAGUCGCUCUCUAACGUCGAUCGGACGCUCCAGAUGAACCUCAGCGAGUUUGGAUCGAUCCUGUCCACACGAUUUUACGGCCCUGCUCCUUACAACCCCCCUCCCAAGACCUCUAGCGGUCUGAGCACGGGCGCCAUAGUGGCCAUCUCAGUGUCGUCCGCUGCUGUCCUCAUCGCCCUCAUUGUGGCGCUGCUCAUGCGACCCUGGGAGAAGAGAGGGUGGAGCCACGCGGACUACGAGGCGCUGGAGGGCAUCAACCUGCAGCACGCUCGCCGCUACUCGCUCUGGCAGCUGGCAGAGGCCACACAGGGCUUCGACGACACGGCGGUGCUUGGAGAGGGAGGAUACGGCAAGGUGUACAAGGGCGUGUUGAACGGCGAGCCGGUGGCGAUAAAGAAGGCGACGGAGAAGCGGCGGCACGACGGGGUGGACUUUAAGAACGAGAUCGAGAUGCUCACGGCCGUGUCGCACGGCAACCUCGUCAAGCUCACCGGCUUCUGCGUGGAGAAAGACGAGCAGCUGCUCGUCUUCGAGUUCAUGGAGGGGGGGGCGCUGGACGCGUGGAUCAAAGGCAAGACGGGGCGCGUGCUGUCGUGGAAGGAGAGGAUGCGGAUCGCCCUUGAUGCUGCAAGUGCACUGCAUUACUUGCACAAGGAGAUGAGGCCAGGCAUCAUCCACCGUGAUAUCAAGCCUGCCAACAUUCUCAUAACGGCUUCGCUGGAAGCAAAGGUUGCUGACUUUGGCAUUUCCAAGUCUCUGCCGGAGAGGGGCGAGCUGGUCCAGGAUGAGAUUAUUGGGAGCAAGGGCUACAUCGACCCGCACUUUGCGCAGUCGGAGGUGCUGACGGAGCGCAGUGACGUGUUCAGCUUUGGCGUGGUGCUGCUGCAGCUUGCCACGGGCCAGCCGCCCGUCAUCCAGGGCGUGCCGCUCAGCCAGGUCGUGCUGCACCUCGCCUUCGGCGCGGGCGGCCUCUCCUCCACCAUCGACCCCAAGCUCUCUCCCCUGCUGCCCGCAAGAGACAACCCGGCUCCUGCUGCUGCCGGCAUUGGGGCUGGCGCGGGUGUGAGUGCGGGCGAGAUGGUGGAGGGGUUGGAGGAGACCUUUGGCACGUUCCUGCGCGUGGCGCUGUGGUGCACGGCGGAGCACCCCUCGCUUCGGCCCGACAUGGAGCAGGUGGUAUCUGCGCUGCGCAGCAUCAGGGACCAGCUCCGGGCGCUACCUGGUGCGGGUGGGGCUCAGGGAUCUCUCGCCAGCCGUGCCAGCAGGGACACAUCUGCUGCAGCAGUGGGGUCUGCAGGAGCCAUUCCUAGUGCCUCCAAUGGUUACACCGCUGGUUACCAGAGUCCAGGGUAUCAGAGCAAGGCUGGUGGUGGUUCCGCUGCUGGCAACUACCCAGCAGCUGCAGGAGGAGCAGCACCAGGAGGAGGGUAUACCUCUGGGGGUCGGUCGCCUGAGAGUGGCCUCACAGGGGCGCCUUCCAGCCUGACGUCUCUGUGGAAUCCCAUGGCAGCUUCCUCUAAUCAACCGGGGUCAAACUGGUCCAACCUGACUGGGGAUGAGACCGGCACGCAGAACCAGACUUUGACUGGGCCUCGUGCUCGGUGAUUUCUGGACUUGACUGGGAUAAGCCCCACUGGGGAGCGUGGAUGGGUGUGGUGCAGGGCCAUGAAUUGGUUCUUGGCCACCCUUACGAUGGGAAAGAGACAGAGAGUAGCGCGGAAAGAGAAAAAAAGUAGCGCGAUGGGAGAGAGCAGCGCAGCGAGAUGGGAGAGGGACAGAGUAGCGCGGCGGGAGAGAGAGAGAGAGUAGCGCGAUGGGAGAGAGAGAGUAGCGAGAUGGGAGAGAGACAGAGUAGCGCGGCAGGGGAGAGAGAAAAGCACGGCUGGAUAGAGUGUGUAGCGCCACGGGAGAUUGUAGUGCGGCGCGACGAGAAAGAGAGCGAGGCGGAGAGCGGAUGAGAUUUGCGCUGUGAAAGAGAAGGUGGCGCAUGGCGACAGGCUGGCUCCUUUUGACUUGCACUCAUUUCUCAAAACUAGAAUUGAAUGAAUGAUAGAGUUAGAGAGUACAUGCACAUAUACCUAAAUGUUGUACCCUCUAGGAGGUUACCCUAUACAGUCUAUACAAACAUGAUCAAUAAACAUGUUUGACACAC